AUGAACAUAAAGGAAGAAAAAAUAAAACUAAUUCUCUAAUUUUUAAGAUAAAAUAAAUAUGACCAAACCUUCCACAAAUUACAAGAACAAUCACUUAUAAAACUAGAUCCUACAAAUCUAGAAUUAAUCACUAAAUCCAUUUUAAACUAUGAUAAUUAAUUAUUAGAAUCCAUUCUCAAUCAAUAUGUAGAUGAAUCCACUAAAUAAAAAUGUAUGUUGAAAGUAUUAGAAUAACAAUAUAUUAAACUACUUAAAUUACAAAAUGUAUAAGAAGCAAUCUAAUUAUUGAGAAAUCAAAUCACUAAAUUUUGCUCAGGUAAUAAACAUAAAUCAAUAUUUAGAUGAAUAAUAAAAGCAUCAUUAUUCUUCCAUGCUCUAUCUACCAGAACUUAAACUCAAACAAGAAUAAGAAUUGAUAGAUGAAAUUAUUUCAUUGUGUUAUAAAUAAAUUGGAUUAAUUGAACCCAAUAGAUUAGUUACCUUUAUAUAAUAAUCAAAAGCAAAUCAAAUCUUAGAAUGUCAAUUCCAUAAUCAAUUAGAAUAAAAUUAUAACAUAACUUUAAAGCACUCUUGCAAUCCUAAAUUAAAUAUAAUAAACCAAAAGAAAAAUAUUACUCAUUGUGUAUUCUCAUUCAACUGUCAAUAUAAAGCAUUAGUACAUGGUCUUUAAAUUUAUCUAUAUCAUUUUGAAAACUCAACAAAAGAAUUCUAACCUAAACCAAGAAAAGUAUAAACAGGCCAUUCUAGUACAAUAACAUCAAUUUUAUUUUCACCUUGUAAUAAAUAUAUUGGAACAUCUUCUGAAGAUUUUACAGUUUUUGUGUAUAAUUUAGAAACAUAAAAAAAAUAUAGACUUGAGGGACAUCAUGCAAAAGUUCAAUGUUUCACAUUUGUAUUAUAUGAUUAAUCAAAAAAAAAAUAGAAAAAUGAAUAUGACAUCUAUACUAUUUCAAUAGAUGGAUGGCUUUAUGAAUGGAAUGAUAGUGAAAGAAAGGGAGGAUUAAAAAUUGAAGAGAAACUUUUAAAAUUACAUAGUAAUUAAUAAAAAGAAGUUAUGCUUUUAACUAGUCAAAAUAAAAUAAGUUUGUUAUAAUUAUAUACAAAACAGUAGAUAUCAUAUGCUGUAAGUACUUAAAAUAUAGAGAAUUCUAUUGUAGAUAAGCAAUUUAAUUAUGUUUUAACAUUCAUUAAUGAAAUAAUAUCUUAAUUGUUUUUAUAUUCAUUACCUGGAUUAUAAAUAAUUAAAGUAUUUCAACCAAGUUCAAGUGUAACAACAUUAAGUCCUUAAUUUGAUAUUGGAUGGCUUAAUAGUAAUUUAAUAGCAGCAGGAACAUAAAAAGGGGAAUUAUUAGUUUGGCACAUCUAAAAAUCAAGUUAACCAAUUGAAAAAUAUUAAGUAAAGAAUUGGUAUAAAAUAGAUAUCAGAUUAAGAAAAAGAAAUAAAGUGUAUUAAGUUUCAUCCUACAAAAAACUAAGUUUAUGUGUAUUAAUAAAAGGAUUUAAAAAAAUAACUAUAGCAAUAAUAGUAAACCAUUGAAGAUGUUAGAUCUUAACAAUAAAGACAUUCAUUUCCAAGACCACCACCAGGAAUGCAAUAAAUCUUAAAUUUCUUAUAAAGAAUUGCUAGAUAAGAUCAAUUGAGUAGUAGUAGAUAAUCUAUGUAAGAGGAAGAUAAGGAAAGUAGUGAUGGAGAUAUGUGA